CCAGCUGACUGUUCCCAUGUUCCUGACCCCGCGAACGUGACUCGAGUGGUGCACAUCAUGAGCUUUAUUUCCUCUUGCAGGCAUCUUCGACGACUACACUAGCCUAAUUCGCCCAAUCGCUCUCGCCAGGAAGUGAGUCAUCUCACGAGGGAAUGGGUAUGUCUAAUGUCCUCUCUUCAUCCUGACAAAUUAACAAAAAGUGUCGAGCGACCACCGACCAUUGGAUUUCCAAUAAGACAAAAUGUCAAUACAAGAACUCCCGAAGAGCUCCUGCUCCAGAUCUUCGAACCACUUGCCGAGCUCAGACAGGACGACAACCCAUUCAGACGCACGAAUGUCCCGAUCGGUAACGCAAGUACGAACAUCAAGUCUCUGGCAAGCAUAUCUGGAGUCUGCAUCAGGUGGCAUGCCAUCGUGGAGCCUUUACUGUACUCCACAUACAUGAGACCACACUGUGUUUGCAAAAGGGACGUCGAAUUCAGCCUUGGCUUGAAUCGGAUGAUCCUCCCCGAGCUGGCUAUGCCUAAUCAAUCACUGAGGACAGUCCUACGUACCAUAAUCAGACGGCCUCAGCUUGCCGAACACAUCAAAAGAAUCGCUCUGAAUCCAUGUGUCACUUCCGUGCAUCGUCAGUACGAGAGUCAAUCGAUGUGGAUGCCUCCGCCAUCGAUAGUUGUGGGAACUCCUACUCCCGCUCUUCUCAGGCAGUAUUCGACAAUCAAACAGAAGCUUGCAAGCUCCGAGUAUCGUCUAUUCGAUGGCGAUGGAGAUCUAGAGAUCGUUUUCCUACUGAACUUGUCUCCGAACGCCAGCCAUCUAUAUCUGGCACAGGUACCUCUGGUGGAGAAAUGGUUCUCAAUUGCCAGAUCAAACCCUCAGAUGCCUUUCGCCCGCCAAAUAAAGUACGUCAGCUUGAGUAACCCGGAUAUUUCACUAACGACCUGCAUGACCCGCUUGCGUUUGCUGAUGUCGCUUCCAAGCCUCAGAAAGAUCGAGCUCCACAAAUGCCAUGUGUCAAAUCCUGACUCAGUGCCUCCACGCAGGGGCCUCAACCCUCAGCACGAACUGCAGCGUCCUUCGACGUUGACUCAGAUCAAGUUCGUCGACUGCCACAUGAGUAAGAGAACUUUCGAAGUCCUGAUGCAAAAUUGCUCUGCUAUCGAAUCUUUCAAAUGGAUAACGUACGAAGAGUCAGACAUGUCGGGAUUCGAUAUUCGAGACAUCGCGAAGGGUGUCGUGGGAUUCAUAGACCGCCAAAUGUUGUUGAUGCGGUUGUCGCAUCUCAGCGAAGACACGCUUUAUUAUUUCAAAGCAAUCGGGCUUUCUUCCAGUGGCUUUACUCAAUUGCGGCAGUCUCUGGUUCAAGUUGCGAUUACGUGGAUGUGAUAUUGUCACAAAGCUCUAAUUCUCUCAAAGUCCCUCUGUUCAGGCUUUCAACUACUUUCUUUACGUCUAAAUUUCUCAUCCUGCAAUCUCUGCACCACAUCAACUCCAGGUUGCGACGGUAUCUCACAAGUUCAAAUCGACGAUUUGUCCCGAUAUGUCAAUAAACGACCUUCCUGAAGAGCUUCUACUCCAUAUCUUCAAGGUAUUCGAAGAUGCUCAAGAACACGACCGUCGGUGGGACGAUGUAUCAGUCCCAAGUAGGGAGUCGAAGUUGAUUACCAAGUCGCUUGCUGGCAUAUCUCUGGUAUGCAUCAGAUGGCAUGUACUCGUCGAACCAUUUCUCUACUCGACGUU